AUGAACUGCAGCGAGGGCCGUCGGCUGCGCAACCUCCUGAGCCGCCUGCUGCUCGAGCUGCACUACAGGGGCAACGCCAGCGGGCUGGGCGCGGGCCCGGGCCCGACCAUGGGCAUGGGGGUCGUGCCUGACCCCUUCGUGGGCCGCGAGGUGACCAACGCCAAGGGCGACGACGCCUAUCUCUACAUUCUGCUCAUCAUGAUCUUUUACGCCUGCCUGGCCGGAGGCCUCAUCCUGGCCUACACCCGCUCCCGCAAGCUCGGCAAGGCAAAGGACGAGCCGGCCCAGGCCUGCUCUGAGCACGAGUGGGCCCCGGGAGGCGUCCCAGCCACCGCCGACGCCGAGACUGCCGCCGGCUCCACGGCCGAGGGCCGCCGCCUGCUCACCACCGGAGGGCCACCCGCCCUCCCUCAGGGCACCGAGGGGGUCUAG